GUUUGCCUAUUCUUCAUAGAACUCAUGUGCUAUUAUAUCCUUUGACUGCACUUGUGAUAAUAUUCAUUUUGACAAUUGCUACAGGCUGGAAUGUUUCUCAGAGUGUAAUGAAUUUCUACAAAUAUAGAGUAUUGUGAAUGUUGUUCAAUUUUUAUUAGACUAUUAAGAAUUUUGCAGAUUCUUAUUCAGACUGAGACAUACAAAAGUGAGUGGCCCAAUGUGGGGACAGUGUAAAAAUGUAAAUAGAAUGUAAGUGGCUCAUGUAUUUGAUAAAUAUAUAUUAUACACAAGUGGAUAAUGUGUGCUAUGUGACAAAGUGAAUAAAUCUUGCACUCUGUUAAAUAUUACUUAAGUGGUAGUGACUGAUAAAUUUGUUUGUUAUAAAUUCAAAAGGUACAUUGCUUAUAACCUACAGAUCUAAUGCAGAAAUUACAGAAAAUACACCUCAAAAAGUUGUUCUUGAAAGUUUUGGAGACAAAAAUAAAAAUUUAUUUGUGUCUAAAAUAUUCAUGUGCGGAAUUGCUGUAAUACUGAAUUUAAAAAUUAAGAUAUCAGUCAAGAACUGUUAUUUAAAAAUACCUUCAUGUGGGUGUUUAAAAUGCUUAUUGCAUGUAUUUAUAUCUGUAACUUUUCAAAAAAGUAUUAUUUUGCAUAAAAAGAAAUUAUGAGUUUGUUUUAUUUUUAAUAAUAGCUUGUAUUAUUUAAACAUAAUUUGGGAUACGUUUUGCAUCGUAUACACUGUUUGGAGAAUUUCAUAAUGCAAGUUAUUGACUUUCCUUUUAGAAAAUUAACUUUUUUCUGCGACAAUGAAUUUGAUAUUGUCAAUGAGAUAAAUAAGUUUUUAAAAAAAUGUUAUGUGUUUCUUUCGGAAUAUUUAAUAGACUGAUUAAUGGAGUUUGCAGGAUCAUAUGAUUGCUAAGAAAAAAAAAGGUAAUUUGACGAUGAGAUAAAUAUCUCGGUUAAUUUUUAAAAAUUCACCAAAGAUUUUUGGGAAGAGCAAUUUUUCUAAUAGUAAGUCUAAAAUAAACAAAUGUGAUUUCAUUUUCUAAGCUGAAGAUUGAUUUUCCUUUAUAAUAGUGUUAAAAAAAUUCCUAAAAUUUUCAUAUUAUUUAUCAUGAUAUAUUUUUAAUUUCAACGAAGAUAAUAUAAAUUAAGCCUCAUUGAAUAUUGAUUAUCUUGGGGAAUCCCAAGUGGAUUUUAUUCAAAUUCCUUGGCUGAUGAAAGCGCCAAUGAUGUUUUUCAUUUUUGUAGGAAUAUCCUUUAUCUUCUAAUUGUCCUAGUCACACAGUUGUGUGUUAUUUGGCUUGCAGAGUAUGUUUUAUAAUUUAAUUUUUUUACACAGAAUUUUUAACAUAAGCCUUUUCAAUUGUAUUGUGGCAAUUCUUUUUAUUUAUAUACUAUGUUCAAGAGUUCAGCAGAAUGUAAUAAAAGAAAAAGAAACUUAUCCUUUGUGAAAGAUACUAAUUAUUGAUUGUUUUUCGUAUGUAUCUAACCUCCAUUAUUCCUUCCUUGAACUUUUGAAGGCAUUGAGACCAUAAAUGUAGAGAUAGUUUAAUAAAAAGUUGAAAUUGUUUUGUAUAAAGAAAUUGACAUUAAUUGUUUGGAUUGAAAUAUCAGAAAAUAUAGUAAAAAUUUACAUUUUAGAUGCAUUUCUUUGUUUAACAUUUCAAAAGCUUAUUUUAAUCAAGAUAUUUGGGG